AUGUCGGCGACUACCGGCUUGACGGGACCUCCCCAGCCUCCACCGAAAACCGUCCGGCAGGAAGUUGCUCCGAAGGGCGGAUACGCGCCUAUUAACGUAGCUCGCAACGUCCCGAAAUCCAUUGGUGGUAGCGCCGGCUUGUUGUUGGUAGGAACUGCUGCUAUGAUGUCGUACGGAUUCUACAAGGUCGGAACUUUUAAUGUUAAGCGGAGGAUGUUGAGACAAGAAAAGAAAGAAGUUCGAUUCGCGAUUACUCCGCUGCUACAGGCUGAGGAAGACGUGCGGUUUGUUGCUCAGAGGAAGGAGUAUCACGAAUGGGAAGCUGACGUCAUGAAAGACGUACCUGGCUGGGAGGUUGGUAAGAAUGUCUACAAAACAAGAAAUUUUGUGCCACCGACACCUGUGCUCGCCCCGUAUAAGCAUGACUAGAUCAACUAGAACAUACGAGAUUCUCAAGUUCUCUAAAGCACUUCAACACCACAUCAUUACGCGUUUUCCACCCCUUUUUGCAGAUUUAAUUUUUUUGGGAGGCGUGUUGAAAUAGAGAUCUCGCAGCAAUUCUGCCGGCGCCAACCACUUCAAAGAUACCACUCUUUGCAUGCACAGUUUUCUUUAUGCUGCCGUGGCCCUGCAAAGCAUGUACCACGUAUCUGUGUGGUUUCGUUGGCAUUAAGCGGUGCACCGUGAGUCAGAACAGGUCUCCGUGAUAAGUUUGAACAUAUCAACCCAGCCUCAAGCAGUUGUAGCGCCGAGAAGGAGCGAAGACGGAUCAGGCCCACUGCACAAGUUUACCCAACUUUCUUUCUCCCAUGAGGGGUGCGAGUGUCACUGCAUGGGUUUCGCCAUGGCCGGGACCAAUCAAGUUGAGUACAGGGCAUGUUCAUGUUUGGCGAGCGAGGUUGUCCGACCCCGCUUUCAUUCGGAUGCAACAACUAUACCUCUCUGAUGAAGAGAAGCAGCGCGCCAGCAGGUACAGAAAUGGGAAUGUAUGUGCAAUAGUAGAUCCAGUCUGUCACGUGAACUAAGUGUUGCUCUUAAAACAAAAAUGCUGACUGCAUGUGUA